AGGAAGAAGCCGGCAUAGAGCUGGAUCUUUGCUUUGCGUCAUUGAAGGAAUUGAAUUGGCAUUCCAAAUCGAGAUUUACAGUGCUCGAUCUUACACAGGGGUUUUGACAGAGUACUUUAACGUUUUCCUCUUGUGAACCAUCGAUCAAAGCUCACCUUUGUCUCUAGGACAGAUGAAAUGCGACCAGAGUGGUUCGCGUUGCCGCCCUCCGUCGAGGAAUCUCGUAGUUCACGUGUUGCAUCAGAUGCACUCACAGAGUUACUACCUAUACCCUAUGACAAAAUGUGGGACGAUGACAUUCAUUGGUUACCUCUCCUAAUCCGAGGACAACGCUUCGUCGGACGGGCAGACUGUAAGGAGAAUGGGGAUCAGUUUACAAUGGCAAAGUGGUGGUUUGGAACGUUGGAAGACUAGUAAUUUGGGUCCCUUAA